CAAGGGUCCAAACUGAGCUGUCAAGCCCUCGUCCCGUGCCAACCACGCCCCGUUGCUUCCAUUAUCAAUGUCGUCGUCCCCUCUUUUUUGACUGCAAAUCAAUCCUGCGACCUGGCCUCAUCGAUGCCUUCUUGACGCCAGCUAGUCGUCCCUACACGGGCCUCGGGAAGUCUUUGUUUACUUUUGUUCCGCGUACCACGCAUCGACGGCACGGAUCGACUGCUUGGUGUACGCGAGAUCUGAGCACUCAACACACAGUAAUACCCGCUCGUCCAUCUAGAAUGGAUGGCGCUCCCGAGCGCCCCAGCGGCAUCCCGCGCCUCUCGAGGCUACCGGUGCCGCGCUCUCCUGCUCUCGCAAAACCUUCGGGCGUACCCCAACCCUCGCCUAGUCGUUCUGUGCCGUUAAAAGAGACAUUGAGCAACGGAUCGGGAGCUCGUGAGCUCAACGUGCCCAAGUUGCGAGCAUCGUCAUCCCGAAACCAGUUGCGAUCUAGUGCAGCCAGCACUGGCGGGCGGGAGACACCUUUGCGGACUCCAGUAUCCCGUGAUCAGCUUCGUCCUACAGCAGGCGCAAAGCAAACUGCGAAGCCGUUGGCAACGAGGCCGGAUGCCUCUCGAGUCGCAUCUCAGCCCAACCGACGAACAAGCACUAGCAACAUUCGACCGCCUCCCUGUGAUCACCCAACCACGACUCGACCACUGGAACGGCCACCAGGCCUCUCCCCGCCGCCGGGUGAAACUGAUGAAGUGGACAAAGUCUCUGCCCAAAGCGGACCGCUUGGGACACCCGAGGCCGCAACUAGAUCGCGCCCGUCCCUUGCCGAGCGCACGAUGGAAACCCUGGCUCGACUCCCAUCUUCGCCGGCCGUGAGCAAGAAGCCGUCCACCUUUUUCGAGCCCGCACGGCCAGUUUCGCGAGCUGCUAGUGGUAACUCACGACCUGGAUCCAGCUAUACUUCUGAUGGGUCGGGGAGAGUGGCUUCGCGACAAGGCAGCAGGCCAGGAUCGAGCGAUGCCCAUCAAGACGCGACAUACUACAGCGCCCGGGCGCCCGUACGUGUCCCCAAGCACGCUACUGCCUCGACCGUUGGGGGAACCCCUCAUAAACAGUCAACGACGGACAAAUUCGAGACACCUAGUUCGAAACCAGCACCCAAUCGAUUGUCCACUCCUUCGUUUAAGAGCGUGGUGCCGCCUUUGACGUCCCCUACCAACGGGAAGCAUGACAGUGCCGGUGUGCGACCUUUAGGGUUAAAGUCACUCAAAUCGGGAGCGAAGACCGUGUCAGUGCGGUCACCCAAGCCUAGAAAGUCGGUGGGAGAGCUGCUGAGGAAGCCAUCUCUCCCGAGCCUGACGCAGGCCAACGUCGGUCCAGCCGAUAACCCAACCACAACAUGGGAUGGGACAAUAUCAUCCCCGUCUCAGGGGACUGAGUCUCUUGGAGUAUCUCAAUCACCCGCACCUCUGUCAACACGCAAGUCAUCGGCGGCGUUGAGAGAACAGAUCGCAAAAGCGAAGGCUGCCAAACGAGCAGCUGUCCGGCGAGCAUCCGGAGCACAGGGCGGUCCUGAAAUUGGCCCGCAGAAAGUCUCCUACGAUGAUAAACUCGAGUUGGCCGUGGACCACGACGACCCAUUCAACCUUCGCAAAGGUGAACAUGCCGGCGCGAAGGUUUUGAAACAGCGGGUAAUGGCUGCUCGCACUAGUGGCCGGCUCAAUAUUGCGGCUCUUGGCUUGCAAGAGAUCCCACCAGAAGUCUUGAGAAUGUAUGACUUGGAAAGCAUCGGCAACCAAGAUGGCAGCUGGGCCGAAAGCGUGGACCUCACCAGACUUGUUGCCGCUGAUAACCAGCUCGCAAAUUUGGAUGACGCAAUCUUCCCAGAUACGAGCCAGGAUGCUUUCCAAGACGACGACGAUACACAGGGCAACAUCUUCGGUGGCCUGGAGACACUCGAUCUGCACGGUAAUCUGCUUAUUAACGUGCCUUUGGGUUUCCGUCGACUGUCACAACUGACGUCCCUUAAUCUGUCAUCAAAUCGGCUCGAGAACAGCUGCCUCGACAUAGUCUCUCAGAUGACUAGUCUUCGAGACCUGAAAUUGGCCAAGAAUAAUUUGACUGGUCCACUAGAUGCAGCAAUCGCGAACCUUGAGCUGCUAGAGAUGCUUGAUCUACACGGAAACGGACUCUCGGCCCUGCCACCGAAUAUGGGGAACAUGUCACGGUUGCGAAUUUUGAAUCUGAGCGAAAACCGCCUGGAGUCGCUGUCUUUCGAGUCUCUGGCAAGAUUGCCACUCGCGGAGCUGACUGUGAAGAAGAACAAAUUGAGCGGGACUCUAAUUCAGGAUUCUGUCGGGGCCCUGCCCUGCUUGCAAUCACUGGACGUAUCAUUGAAUCAGCUCACGCACUUGAUAUCGCCGGACACCAGUAUCAGUCUGCCUGCGAUCCAUGCUGUGUCGCUUUCCAUGAACAGGCUGCGGGCGCUACCAGACGUGUCGUCGUGGACGAACCUGUUAACACUGGCUGUGGAUGAGAACAAUAUUGCCGACAUUCCUAACGGUUUGACUGGCCUUGAGAAGCUGCGCCACGCUGAUUUUGCGAGCAACGAUAUCCGUGUCGUGCCCCCGGAGAUCUCUCGGAUGAGUUCUUUGGCCGUGCUACGGUUGACCGGCAACCCUCUACGAGACAGGAAGCUAAUAACUGCUUCGAUCGACGAGCUCAGGGAGACAUUGGCGGUGCGGCUGGAACCGCCGCCACCGUACCAAGAGACCAGAGAGCAGUCCACCAUCACUGGGUUAAUGCAACGGCUCGUAGAGCUGGACAGCAAGGCGGUACCUGCAAUGGGCUCACCCGCUAGUCUCGACGCAAUGGAUGACGAUGGCCGAUCCGACGCUGAUGACCAUUUCGCAACACCACCUACCUCUGCACCGCACUCGCCAACUCGGUCGCGGUCACACACGAUGGGUAGCGACCUGCCAAUGUCGCCAGGCAAGCCGGCGCAAGGCUGGAAUGUCAAAUCUGGUGGUCUGCUUGACCUAUCGCGGACGGACUCGUCCGUACUGGACCCUGCGAUGUGCACAGCCUUGGCCGCUCAACAUCAAGUGCGGCAGGCACAUUUACACCAUAACCUCUUCACUUGCAUCCCCGACUCCCUGAGCGUCUUCGGGGCAACACUUUGCUCGCUUUCAAUGACGCACAACCAUCUGACUGGCGACACGUUCUUGGCUGCACGGCUAGAACUACCCGCGUUGCGCGAGUUGAACCUGGCCUCAAACCACAUCACAAGCCUGCAAUCACUGGCCCAGCAUUUGGACGCUCCGGUCUUGGAGAAGAUUGAUGUCUCCCUCAACCGCAUGAAAUCCAUACCAGAGCGUCUGAAGGAGGCUUUCCCGCGACUUACUGUGCUUUUGGCGGCGAACAACCAGUUGACGGAGCUUGACACCGAGACGAUCAGAGGCUUGCGGAUUGUCGACGCAUCCAACAACGAUAUUGCGCAUUUGAACCCUCGCAUUGGGUUACUUGGCGGACAUCAGGGAUUACAUCGACUCGAGGUAACAGGCAACCGGUUCAAGGUUCCUAGGUGGAACAUCUUGGAACGUGGGACUGAAGCGACACUGCAAUGGUUGCGAGGGCGCGUACCCGCCGAAGACAUGGCCGCGUGGAAGGAAGAAAAUGGCGACGACAGUGAUUCUGCUGGGCAUUAACACAGAAGCCGGCUCUGUGCCGUUACGGGCCGAGGCUUUGCAUAUUCACGCAAUCGGCGGCAACCAGCGACGCUCGGAUUCCCCUUUGAACUUGCCAGCAUUGAUUGGCAGCAGCAAAUUUGGGUCUUGUCGGGCAAAUGGAGCUCCCUCAUGGGGAUGGCCCAGUGUUAAAGCAUAGAUUCAACGUAAUCUUGGCGUUUUGGUGACACCGGUCGAGAAUUGAUUCAGUAUAGACUCCUCAAUAUACCAUGGCUGGAGCGAAGAUAAGUGGAAGCCGAGCCGCAAGCUGAAGUCCGUGUCCCGAAAC